CAAAACAUCAAAGUGGCAAUGACCUAAAAUGGACGAACAACUCUUGGUAGUGUUAACAUUGUUGCUUACUCCACUUGGCUUCCUGAUACUGCUAUCCAUAAUUCUGGCUUCACUAGGAAGGAGUCUGGGAAUGCGAAGAAAAUAUGCAGACUUAAUGUUGAAAAUAUUUCAGUGGGGUCAAGAGAGGAUAGCUUUGUAUAAUGAGACCAAAAGGCACUACAAUCGAUCGGAGUCGGAGGAAGAGGAGGAAGAGGAAGAAGUGACAAGAGAAAAUGGUCACGAUAAGCAAGUCAUUCGUCGUGACAUCUCUAUCUCUGCCAUGGGGAGUCUUAAGAUGCCUUCUCAGAGGCCAGAAUACGAUAUUACAAAUUUGAAAAAGGAAUUCCAUGUUUCUGAUGUAAUGUACUUCUCAAAAUGUGGGGUGGAAGCAAUCAUUGAAGAUGAUGUGACACAGUGUUUUACAGCUGAAGAAUUGAAAAGUUGGAACUUUCUUACAAGAACGACACUAGGCUACCAAUUUAUCAGUAUGCGUCUCACUAUUCUUUGGUGCCUUGGAUGUUUUGUCAGAUACUUCAUCCUCUUGCCCUUUAGAACGCUUGUCCUUUGUACAGGGCUAUCCUGGCUGAUAAUUUCCACAGCCGUCCUUGGGUAUCUACCAGAGAGCAACCUAAAAAAAAGAUUAAAUCAAAAAGCGAGCCUGAUGUCUCACCGUUUGUUAGCAAGGGCAUGUUCUGCCGUGCUGACGUUCCACAACCGAGAGAACAUCGCCAAAAACGGGAUAUGUGUGGCGAACCAUACUUCACCCAUAGAUGUUAUCAUCCUAUCCUGUGACGGUUGUUAUGCUAUGGUUGGACAGGCCCACAAUGGGUUCCUUGGCAUUGUCCAGAGAGCUCUCUCGCGAGCCACAUCCCACAUUUGGUUUGAAAGGUCAGAGGUCAGGGAUAGACACUUGGUAGCAAGAAGAUUAAAAGAACAUGUAGAUAAUGAAGAUAAACUACCUAUAUUGAUAUUUCCUGAAGGGACAUGUAUAAACAAUACUUCAGUUGUGAUGUUUAAGAAGGGAAGUUUUGAGGUGGGAUCCACAAUAUAUCCAGUAGCUAUAAAGUAUGACCCACGUUUUGGUGAUGCAUUCUGGGACAGCAGUAAGAUGGGCAUGUUAAGCCAUAUCUUCCAGAUCCUGACCAGUUGGGCACUAGUGGCAGAUGUGUGGUAUCUACCUCCCAUGAUGAAAAAUGAAACAGAAGAUGCAGUCAAUUUUGCAAAUAGGGUGAAAAAAGAAAUUGCAAGACGGGGUGGAUUAGUAGAUUUAGAAUGGGAUGGGCAGCUGAAAAGAACAAAAGUAAAAGAUGCAUACAAGUUAAAACCACAAGAGGAAUUCAGUAAACUUUUGAAAGUUGAUUGAAAGAGUGAAAUGUAUUGGGUGAUUGAUUUAAAUUGUUGACAUACUCGAGAAUGGAACAGUUAUAGAGAAAAGUCUGGACAUUCGGUGUAUGACAAACAUAUGUGAUAAAACUAUUUCUCUAAAUGUUCGUAGCUGUUAGUUUGUGCUGUAAGUGUCUUUAACCUAUUACUGUGAAACUAUCCAGUCUCUGAGAGAUUUAUAGUAGUUAAUAUUGAUUAGAUUGAAAGACGUAGACAUGCUUUAGAAUGGUUGUUGCGUCGGAAGCUUUGAAAAUGUCCAAUAUCAAAUAGUUUAAGCUUUGAAAAUGUCCAAUACCUGAUAGUUUAAUAGCGGUUUGUUAAUUUUUAGACUGCUGUAGACAUGGACAUACUCCAGAAUGGAUGUUAUGUCAGAAGUUUUGAAACUCUCUAAUCUCUGAUAGUUUAAUAGCAGUUUGUUAAUAUUUACACAAAAGUAGACAUAGGCAUGAUCUAGAAUGGAUGUUCUUUCUGAAGCUAUUUAUCACAGGUCACAAAUACUUCGACAUUAAGAGGUGCGUGUUGAGUCUUAAGCUUACGUUUGUGGAUUUAACCUUCCAAAGUUGACCGUGCUAGUGAUAGUUAGCUUAACUUCAUCCCAAUUGAUCUGUAGAAAUAUAUUAUUAGACCAUCACGCCGCCCCACUUAGAUUGAAAUCUUAAGGUUUGGUUUGUUUUGUUUAGGACACUGUUCCAUUUGUAUCAGUAUGUGACCAUCACAAAUGUCACUUAGCCAUAGAUUGUAAGUCUCCCCCCUCCUUUUAUCACACAUAAAGUACUGUAAAACAGUAAAUAAAUCAUGUCUCUUUACAUCCAUUUUCAUCCAAUUUUCAAGGAGGUGAAUUCUGCAUGAUCACAAUAUAUUGAGAGAAAUUCCUUUUGUUGCAAGUUGGUCCGAGCAUAUAAUGUCCUGUCUUAGAUCACUUUACAGUAACCAUUUAUUUUUUCCUGUGUUUGUAUCAAUAUCAUCCAUUUCAUUAUGGCUACAUUUGUGUAUCCCGGUUGAAACGGUACGUGUGUCGCAGAAAUUUUCCACGAUAAACGAACUCAUUUGGACCGUUCUACAAGCAGAGCUAAACAUGCACAGUUUCGGAGAAUAAAAAUCAAUGUAUCAAGAAUAAUAUGCCCUUCUUUCAUCCGUCCACGAAAUUACAU